AUGUCCGAGUCGAAAGACGACCCAGUUGAGGUUGUCAAGCCUGAAGAAGACACAUCUGUUCUUGACGAAUACCUGCAUGGCUCUCGCUUGAUACUACUGACAGUAUCGCUUUUACUGGGCAUGUUCCUGGUUGCUCUUGAUAACACUAUCAUUGGCACUGCAAUCCCCAAAAUCACAGAUGAGUUUCAUGAUCUGAACAAAGUCUCAUGGUAUGGCUCUGCGUACUUUAUGACCUUUGGUGGUAGCUUUCAAUCAACAUGGGGCAAGGUCUUCAAAUACUUCCCUCUCAAGCUCUGGUUUCUUAUUUCUUUGUUGAUCUUCGAAGUUGGCAGUCUGAUUUGUGGAGUGGCACAAGACCCGACCACUCUGAUUGUAGGCCGAGCAAUUGCAGGUCUCGGUGGAUCUGGCGUUGCGGUUGGCGUGUUCACAAUGCUCGGCUUUGCUGCUCCGCCUGAGAAGCGUCCACAGCUCUUGGGAUUCACCGGAGCGGCCUACGGCAUCGCUGCUGUCUUGGGCCCACUUAUAGGUGGUGCAUUUACCGACAAGGUGACUUGGCAUUGGUGCUUCUAUAUCAAUCUUCCGGUUGGAGGACUAGCAGCUAUCAUCAUUUUUCUAUUCUUCAAGCCACCAAAGAGCGCCAAACCUGCGCAGGCGUCGUUCAAGGAAAAGAUGCUACAGAUGGACUUCGUCGGUGCCACUUUCAUGAUCGGCUUGAUCAUCUCUUUCAUACUCGCAUUGCAAUAUGGUGGACAAACACACUCAUGGGAUAGCAGCCAGGUCAUUGGACUAUUGGUCGGUUUUGUUGCCCUCACUGCAGUCUUCGUGCUUUGGGAGAUGUUCCAAAAAGAGCGUGCCAUGAUCGUUCCGCGCCUGUUCAUGGAACGCCACGUCUGGGUUGGCUCCGUCUUCAUGUUCUUCUUCGGGGGUGGCUAUUUCGUGCUCUUGUAUUACCUUCCGAUCUAUUUCCAGAGUAUUCAUGAAGCCAGUCCUAUCGGAUCUGGUGUCAGGAUGCUCGCCUUGAUCCUCCCAUUGACUCUCACCGCCAUCAUCCAAGGCUUUGCACUGUCGAAGAUUGGUAUCGUGCCUGCAUUCUGGAUCUUUGGCGGUGCAUUGGCGACCAUUGGCUCUGGACUUUUGUACUCCAUGGAUGCCAACACUUCUACUGGCAAAUGGAUCGGCUACCAAAUCUUGAUCGGUUUGGCCACUGGCACGACUUUCCAGGUCGCUAUCGCGAAUGCACAAGUUCACGCUAGGCCAGAAGACUUGUCACAAGUCAGUGCCAUCAUCAAUUUCUUCGUCACCAUUGGCGGUGCCUUCUUCAUUUCCGCUGUACAAUGCGCAUUCAACAACCAAGUCAUCAGACAACUCGUAAAGGACCUUCCUGGCAUCGAUCCAAGGAUUGUUCUUGGAAUUGGCGCGACGCAGAUUCGUCAAGAUUUCACGGCAUCACAAGUACCUAUUGUUCUUGAUGCUUACAUGGUUGGGCUGAAAGCUGUAUUUGCCAUUACGACAGCGGCGUAUGGUGUCUCAACCAUCGUAGGCUUCUUUGGUAGCUGGAAGAGACUUAAUGAGGAGGAGAUCAAAAAGGCUGCUGGUGGUGCAGUGUGA